AUGCCUGUCAUCGAUGGCGAAAAAUGGGCUUGCUCGUCCUGCAUCAAGGGUCAUCGAGUGAGCGGCUGCAACCACGCUGAUCGCGAGCUGCACCACAUCAACCCCAAGGGUCGCCCCGUCAAGCAAUGCGAGCACUGUCGCGGUGCGCGCAAGUCCAAGUCUCACCACGCCAAGUGCGACUGUGGCGACAAGAAAGACAAGGACAAGCUCAAAGACAAGGGCGACGCGAAGGGUGAGCUAACACAUGACCUGAAUGUUCACGACAGCCCUGACUCUUUUGCAGCUCACGACAGCCGCUGUCAGUGCCAUUCAGGUGGGAAAUGUCUCUGCGGAACCACCAAGGAGAGCCUUGAUCUCAAGCUCGACACAAGCAAACAGACGCUUCACGAUGCCCGUGCCAAACCCAAGCUGGCCACUGCGCACUCGGAAAGCCAUUUGACUGUCUUUGCGAAUGGUCAUCACAAGCCAUGCCAUCGGAACAACAACACUGCACACGUCUCCGGCGCGCCCUACAAGAUCCCGCGACCGCACACGCUGCACGGCCAUUCGGCAUUCGCUGCAUUGACCCAGCAUGGCAGCAGCUACAACAACAGCAAGCCAGAGCCGCAGGCUACGCGCUCCAUGGACACACUGUCGUUGUCGAACAACGAUUUCUACACAAUGUUUGGCUCUGCUCAGAGCUCAGCUGAGGAUGUUCCGUCCACAACCAUGGCUAGUAACCUUGACGCGAAUGCAUUCCAGGAUCAAAUGUUCGCCAGUCAAAGCACUCUCUUCAACCAGGACGGCAACUCGCCCGGCAGCAACGUGAGCGACUCGUUCCCUACCCAGCAAUGGCCUUGGGCUCAUACCACUUUGACCCCUGUGAAUGGUAUGUUCAACUUUGGCAGUCUGUCCACUUCGCCCUCCCAAGAUUGUCUGCCCAACUAUGACAACGACUGGUCUAUACCUUCGGCUGGUUUCAACCCGGUUUGGUCCGCUGGCGAUCUUCCUCUCGACCCAAGCAAGUUUACGGAUACGUUCACGCAGCCAAUAUCCCACAGCGGCGAAUCAAAACAGAGUGGACCUGGUCUUACAGCUGCUUCUUCUGUUCAUUCCGAGAUUGGAGAGCCAAAUCCGUUUGGCGAUCUGGAGCUCAAGCCAACGCAGUCUACUGGGAGUGAGACUUUGUUCUGGGAGGACAGCCCCGUGUAUCGUCUCAACAGCUCUACCCCUGGCAGCAACUUCAUUGCCCCUGGCUCAAUGCCAGCGGCCUCUCUCCCGCAAGUCCAAGGUCUUGAGUCAGACUUCACCAAAGGCUUGACUGCGACCCCAACCUCUAUGCCCCCCGGCACUGGAGUGACGGAUUUCACCGAGACGGCUGCAAUCGCUAUGCCUACUGGUCUUGAAGAUAAUAUCUCUAUUGAUCCAUGGCCUAUAGAACAGAGCACGGGCUCCUUUGGCGGUUUGACUGGAUUCGAGCUUUCUUAUCCCAACAACUGGUUCUAG